AUGAAGUCAUUAUUCAAUCAUAGACAAUCGUAUUUAAAAUAUGUAGCGCUAUUACUUACAGUGUUGGUUAUCUAUACAUUGAUUUCUGGCUCUGAUCAUUCUGGCUCCAAUAUGGAGAAUCAAGAACCAAGUCUGUCUAAUAAACAGCAAAUUUCCAUUAUACAUCUUGAUUCUUCAAGUAGUGAUAAAGAAAAAGAAAUUAAUGUUCCUCAAGGAAUUCAACAAGAAGCAGAAACAAAGGCAAAUAAAGAGGAAAACUUACUUACUAAUGAAGAUCAAAUUGCAAAAUUAAAAGAGCAACAAGAAAAGGGCAACUUUAUUAUACAAGAUCAAAAGCAACUCGUCUUGAAUGAAAAUAAAGACCAGGUGGCUCAAGAAAAUACUAGAAAUAGAGAGGGUAAUGGUAACGGAGAAGGUGAUGGUAGCAGAGAAGGUAGUAAUAAGAGCAAAGUUAAAGCAACUUUUGUGACACUUGCACGGAACGAGGAAUUGUACAAAUUGAUAGAGUCUAUACGUGAAGUUGAGGAUAGGUUUAACCGAAAAUAUAAUUAUGAUUGGGUAUUUUUCAAUGAUAAAGAGUUUUCUCAGGAAUUCAAAGACUUGACAACAUCAAUAGUUUCGGGAAAGACCAAAUAUGGACUUGUACCAAAGGAACACUGGUCGUACCCUGAUUGGAUAGAUUUGCAAAAAGCGGAAGAUUCAAGAAAGACUAUGAAAUUAAACAAAAUAAUAUAUGGAGACUCUGAAUCUUAUCGACACAUGUGCCGAUUUGAAUCGGGGUUCUUCUGGAGAAAUGAACUAUUAGAUGAAUACGAUUGGUAUUGGCGAGUUGAGCCUGAAAUCAAAAUCUAUUGUGAUUUAGAUUAUGAUUUGUUCAAAUACAUGGAGGAUAACGACAAAGUAUAUGGUUUUACCAUUUCGAUAUAUGAAUUUGAAAAGACAAUUCCCACAUUAUGGCAACACACAAAGGACUUUAUCAAGAAAAACCCGCAAUAUCUUGCUGAGAAUAACUUUAUGGAUUUUAUUAGUGAUGAUGGAGGCGAAACCUACAACCUAUGUCAUUUCUGGUCCAAUUUUGAAAUUGCCAGUUUGAAAUUCUGGCGUAGUGAAGCAUACACAAAGUAUUUUGAAUAUUUGGAUAAAACCGGAGGGUUUUUCUACGAACGUUGGGGGGAUGCGCCAAUCCAUUCGAUUGCAGCAGCUCUUUUCCUACCAAAGGAUAAGAUUCAUUAUUUUGAAGAUGUAGGGUAUAGACAUGGGGUAUACGCCCAAUGUCCGCUCAAUAACGAAUUUAGAUACAAGCACAAGUGUCAUUGUAAUCCAAAUGACGAUUUUACAUUUAGAGGAUAUUCAUGUGGUAAGAAAUAUUUUGAAAAGAUGGGAUUGGUUAAACCUGUUGAAUGGGAGAAAUACCAGUAG